AUAUUGCUCAGUGUGUCUACUGCAGUGCGCGCGCACACACACACACACACACACACGCGCGGUUAAUCUGUUAACUCUACCAGAUAACCAAACAAAGUGGUCUCUAGCAGAAGCUCUACAGACAUGGUGCUCUCACUGACAGCCCUUCAUAACAAACAACUGUUCCUGAUUUCAUGACGCUGGAAAAUUGAUCGAACUUCACGGCAGAGGAAAAAUGAAGAAGGCGCUGCUGUUAUUCCUGCUAUGUUUUCUAUUGCUGGAUACUUCACUCCAAGUUCAAGGGAAUAAAACAGAAUCUAACACUACUUUAAUCAGGAGUUUCCGAGCUGGGCAUAAAACAAAUAAUGGAACAAACAAAUCAGAAUACCCUUCCAUUUUGGAGGAACUGGAAGAACUGGACAGCUGUGCAAUGGACUACUUCACUGGAAUUCUUAGCACUCGCCUCAUUCCUGCCACCUAUGCGAUGGCUGUAGUUGUUGGGAUACCGUCAAAUGCAUUAAUUCUGGGAACCCUAAUUGUCAAAGCCAAGACCUUCUCCACUGCCGUGCUCUACCUAAGCCUGGCAGUAUCGGAUCUCUUGGUUAUGUUCACUCUGACGUUCAAAAUUCAUUACCAUUUCAGUGGAAAUAACUGGGUGUUUGGGGAGGCCUUCUGUCAAGUGGUUACGGCUUGUUUCUAUGGCAACCUCUACUGUUCUAUCCACAUGCACAUGUGCAUCAGCAUCAAACGCUACUUGGCCAUCGUUCACCCGUUCAGGUACAAGAGCCUACCCAAGCACACGUGCACCAUAUGGAGCACUUUGGCAGUAUGGGCUGUAUUUUUGGUUGCCAUGGUGCCAGAAGUGCUCAUUCGCCAAAGUUACUUUCUCCCUCAGCUAGGAAUUACAACCUGCCAUGACGUCCUCCCUAAGGCAGAAGAAUACUACACUCUCCUGCUCUACUACAAGAUGGGAAUCACUUGUUUAGGAUUUUUCAUACCUUUUAUUGUCACAGUCAUCUCCUACGUGUCUAUUAUCUACCAUCUGAACAAGUCACACCAUGACUGGAUAUACUACAUCAAAAUGAGCACCUUGGUGUUCAUCAUUUUCACUGUCUGCUUCACACCCAGCAAUGUUCUCUACUUCGUUCACUCCAUGAAGUUGUACACAAGCAGGGAGGAAUACUUCUACAUCUACUACAACGUGGCAUUGUGUUUGUGCAGUCUGCAUUGCUGCUUGGACCCUUUCCUUUUCUUCCUCAUGUCAAGGACGACAGGGUCAAAGCUGUCUUACAUUACCUUUAAAGGGAAGGCUAUGAGUUUCUCUAUCUAAAAUUAAAUCUACAAAAAAAAUCUUAGCCAUAAAUUGCCAGAAAACACUAGAGAGAAAACAAUCCUUGAAACGACAGACGAGCCCUUUUCUCCACAAUGCCAGGGACCUAAUCUGGACAUAAUGCACAGAGUGUAUUUGGAAAGGACUCAUUCUGAGGAUACUGUCCUACACAGUACAAGGCCGAGAUAAGCUCUUGUCAGCGGUCUCUUUCCUUGUUGUAUUUCUCCCAUUUUAAAAUCAGUAAAGACUAUUAAUCAAUCACACAGACACAAUCAGAUUGAAGAUACUACUGAAGACAAGGCACCAGAUAUUUAUGUACCUUGACUACAUUGUUGAGACCGAAAGAAACCGUCCUCCUGGCUGCAAAUUGCGGGGAUGAGUAGUCAAGAUACUUGCGCAAGUCAGCUCUUGUACAGUUCCACCCCUCAGAAAAAAAAAACCAAACUCAAUGAUCAUGAGCAAAGAAUUUGUGUCUUGUUAUUGUGGCACUUGUAAGAGGAAAAUAAAAUCGCCACUUGGAAACAGCAAUAAGAACAUGGGAAAAACAGUGUGGGAGAAUAAAAAAAUCAGAAUACGAGAAAAGUCGACCGACCAUGAGGCCGAGAGAGCUCAUCGGAAGGCCCGCACAUGAUGACAGUGGGCGUUCUCUGUUGGUCUCAACUGACUGGGGUCAUAAGCACUUAAAGUAAAUCUUGACUCAUAGAAGAGCCAGAUUUGAGGACAGAAUGUACAGUUACAGUUUUACACUGAACUCUGCUUUGAGUCAGAGGGCUACAUUUUUUAUGCUGUGCUGCAGUUUUUCAUUGAGUCAUCACUGUUAUUCACGUGUUGGAAAACAAGUUCAGUUUAUGCUACAAACUUCAAUUUUCUGUGUAUUUUGCGAAAAGGAAAAUAUUCAAAGGAAGUUAAAAGUAAAAAAAUGGAGAAGUAAAAAAUAAUAAACCAAAAGAGAAAUUUGUGGUCCUUUUGAUUCAAAUGGACACCUCCUAGCUCCCAUAUUAUUAUAGUUUGCUGACUCAGGUCCGGGGGGGUAGGGGGUGGAGGGGGUUCGCUGGUGCAACAGGCUUCGCUGGGUCCAGUGUGUGUGUGUGUGUGUGUUGUGUGACUCAGGUAAACUGAUGUACUGUACAAAACAUUAACUAUAUUGCUUGAUUUUACUAUGUCCACACCCACCAAAUGAAUAGGUAGCUAAGCAACAAGUGCAGAAUUCAAUUACCAAUUUUUUUUCACUUUUCUGAAGAAAUUCCUAUUUGUAAUACAGCAAAUGUAACUUGUGUUUAAACACAGGGUUGAUGGGUGGCAGCAAAGAAUAGGAGUGGAAAACCGAAGUGGAGAUAAUGAGGAAAGUUAAGGAUGGCUAGAACAAGAGAAACAUUCCAUAUAUGCUUGUGUAAUGAAUUGUGACUAUUUUGGAGUUAG